AAACAUUCACGUAAGACUUUGUGGGUUCUCUGAACAUGUCUUGUAGAGGUUGUAUGUGAUUGUCCCUUGAUGUCACACUGAGGAAAUUGAUGACUGCAUUAAAAAAUUACACGAAAGGAAAGAAAAGGAGUUAUUGAAAGCAUUGGAAGAAGAAGAGAAAGCCUUAAAAUAGUAGCAUAAUGAACAAAUUACUUGAAAGGAGUGAAAAAUUCCCUUUUGUGAAGUGUGACUAGAAUGGUAAAAUGGAAAAGUGUGAUGUAAAUUAAAUGGGAAGUGAAAGUGAGUAUGUAGUAUAUUGUGAGUGAACAAUAAGAUUUUUUGAUGUAGAGAUGAUUUAAGUUAUUGAUUAACAAACAUUGAAAAGAAAGUUAUAAUGGCAGGCUUUGGUGUAAUUGUAGAAUUCUCACGAUCAAAAUUUACAAGUUCAGAUAAUCUAAGCUGCUCAGGAGUAUAUUUAGGGAACGGGUUUGUUCUCACACAUGGCACAAUUAUCAUUGACGUUAUCAAGAACAAAUUGGGUAAAGCCCUUCUCCAAGAAAUCUUAAGGAAAGGUUUUAUAGACUAUGAAAAAGAUGCAAGCUUGAUAACUGAAACCUUCCAAGCAACAUGUUCAGAAUUCCAGAUAAUUAUUCCCACUGAACACAUUAAUAGUGUGAAAGAAGAACUUCAAGUCCCACCAAAGACCACUUCUGAUGAUCAGAGGUACCUCCUCAGUUCGGCAGCUUCAACUGAACCAGAAAAUGGAACUCGUGCAAGUCAUUCAAGAGGUAAAGCUAUUUGGGAAAAACCCAGAAAUUCCAGUAAACCAAACGACAAUUUGAUGCAGAAAACCCUUAGAUAUUCCUCCCAUCCAGCAUCUGUUGCCAUGGUAUUUCUCCAAGAUGGUAUAACAGAGAGCUUGUCAACCAUCAUGCCAUCUUCUCAAGGGUGGAAGUUGACAGAAGAUAAAGAUGAGAAUCUUACAACUCAAUUUGAAAGAAUCCUUCUCUCAACCUUUGUAGUUCUGAAAAUAAUGAAAAAUGGUCAGGAAGAGGUGGGGAAAGCAAGCAUUACGGAUUUGAUAUCUUCUGUGAAAAAAAUAGCAAACAUCACAACCAGGAGUCAAAAAGGAUCAGGUGUAUUUGUCGAGAGUUCACCAUUUGGAAGUUUGUCUCCAGAUGUAUUUCUGAAUUCCCUAAGCUAUGGCAUCAUCAGUAAUGUCUGUGGCAGGAAUGGGGAUGUGCUGUUAACAGAUGCUCGUUGCAUAAUGGGUUCAGAGGGAGCACCAGUCUUUUCUGAUAAUGAAAAGAGAAAUCUUUGCGGGUUGGUAAUCUCCCCAUUUUGUUGGCGACAAGGAGAAUGGCUUGGGCUUACACUUGUGGCAUCUGCAUGUACUAUCCUUACAGUUUUAAUGCACCAUUUGAAGUCUGACUUCCAUGAAGAGAACAGCCUAGAGUUUACUAAAAAUGUAGAGUCAGAUCAGCAGUCUACUAAGCAACUUCAUGAAGUUUCAAAUGGCAUCAGCUCAUUGAUGUUUGACGAUAAAAGCAGUGUUGUGUCUCUGCAGUUGUGUGAGAAAAUGUUAAAGAAAAGCAUGAAUGAAGGUUUUGCCAAGAUUGUGGACAGUUGUGUGGUUGGAGUACAGUGCGGCAGUGGCUGGGGCAGUGGUGUGAUAGUUAACAAAACUCCUGGAAUUAUCAUUACUUGUGCACAUGUCAUAGGUCCAGCAAAUAGUGGUGCAGUCAAAAUUGUGCUGGCAGAUGGGUCUAAUCACCAAGGUCAAGUAGUCUUCAAGACCAGACCAGCUACCUUGACCACACAAAAUACAGGGACAUGCAGGCAGGGGAAGAGUGUGUGGGAUCUGGCCAUUAUUGCGACUGCCAAGUCUCUACCAUCCUCCUUACCAUUAGCUACAGAAAUACAUCCAAAAGGUUGGCCUGUUGUGGUUGCAGGAUAUGGAGUAUUCUCCCCUCGGUAUCUGCCAACACCAACUCUGUCUCGAGGAAUAAUUUCAAAAACUAUAAACUUCCCUGUUCAGUCUCUUCAUCUGAGUGAACAUCAGAGCUUUGCAGUGGAGCAUUCCAGCCUUUCUGAAGAAACAAAUACUUUAAUGAUUAGCAAAGUUAGCGAAGAUUGCACAGAUAGUUGUAAAAUCAAAGAUGGAUUUUUCAGUCAAUCAUCCCAAAACAUAGAACUGCAUUGUGGUAGAGAAGACAGCAAAAAGCACAGUAUUGAUUCCUUUGCUGACUAUUGGACAGUAUGUAUGAAAAAUGAUCAGAUGAUACCACUGAUGAUGCAGACAACAUGUGCUGUAUAUGCGGGAACAAGUGGUGGCCCUGUUAUUGCACUCCACCCACAACAUGGUUUCCAGGUUGUUGGUAUAGUGGUGUGCAAUACCCAAGACACAAAAAACAAAGCUUCUUUUCCUCACAUCAAUUUGGCUGUGCCUGCCCCUGCAAUAGCAAGAAUAAUAGAAGAGUAUAUAAUUUCAGGAGAUAAGAAUGUGCUGAGCUACUUAGAUAUUGAAUCUACAGCAGCUUCUCAGUUAUGGGCCCUAGGAGUCUUGUCAAAGUCAAGUUUAUAGUUCAGUGAUGAAGAUUUCCUGUCAGAGUUCUUGUAUCGUCUCCCUACUUAAUGAUAUUGGGUUAUUCAAUACUUAUAUUGCAUCUCAUUUCUUUUUUGUAUGGGACCCAAAAUAAUUUCUUGGUGUCCCUUAUCUGAUCAGCAAUUUCACAACCAAGGUUAGGCUAUCUUUGAAGGAUUCGUAGUGUCUUAAAAGUAAGGAAUAUUUCUUAUUUGUACGAUAUGAGGCUGGUGCUGAUACAGUUAGUGCCUCAACAUGAUAUUAUAUACAUGUAUAAAAGCACAUUGCUAUCUCAUUGUUCCCCAGGGAACCUAAUGAUUAUUCACUUUCUCUUUAAAGUCUGUUAUACCUCACUUUUUUAGAAGACAAAUUUUCAUUUAUAAUGACAAAAGAUCAGUAAUUUGUCAUGAAUUCCCCAUAAAUUAGAGCUUCAAUACAAAAGAGAAGUGGUUAUAACCACUGCACAUUUAUAUGAAUAGGGUUGUGUGAAUGUUCUGGGUAUUUUAAACAUAGCUUCUUACAUCCAACAGUAUUGUAUAUAAAUAUAUGUGUAUAUAUGAUAUUGUCACCAUAUACAUUAUGGUUAAUGGUUUUCUGGAACCAAUUAUCUGUUGUAUGUAUAUAUUCCAAUGCAUAUCUCAACUUUUGUAUUUCAAAAAUGACAAGUCCAAAACUCGGAAGAAGUGUAUAUCUCGAGGGUAAAUUCAAAGAAUGUAAAUUGAUUAUAAAUUGCAUAAAUAAAUACCUUACUCGGCA